AUGAAGUGUUGCGUUAUUGGAUGUAAAAGUUAUACAGAUGAUCGAAAUAAUGUUGACGGAAACAAAGUAUCGUUUCACUCAUUUCCCUCUGAUGUUAUUUUAAGAAACCAAUGGGUUCAUUCUAUCAAUCGCGAAGGGUGGACACCAUCUAAGUACAGCAAAAUAUGUUCUCUUCACUUCGAUAAAGAAGACAUCAUAAAAACAAACAAAGGCUACAAAAAAAUACGAGAAGGUGCUUACCCAAAAGUUCCAGAAAAGAUAUCAUCAUUUAUUGAAAUUAUUGUUCAUAUUUCUAACCAAAAUCAAAUACCUGGACCAUCCAACAAGCAAGAUUUGAAUGAAUUUUUAGUGCUUAAAGAUACGCCCAGAAAAAUACUCUUAAAAGAAGAAAUGUCGCGAUUAAAAAUAAUUGACAAAAAUAGAUUAAUUAAAUUACGGCGACUGAGACAAAAUCUUCGGCGUUUGAAGAAAAAGGUGAUGACAAUGGAAUCGUUGAUCACCGAAUUAAAACAAAAGAACUUAUUAAAAGAGGAAGAUGCGGAUAUACUAAAAUCAAUGAAUGUCAAAGUGAGGGAAAUUGUUACACGUACCAUGUAUCUUUACUCCCGUUUAGUAGAAAUUGAAAAAAAAUUGUCAUACCUAACAACUCACAAAUUGUCCCAAGAUCAUUUAGAACUGUUUUUCGGCAUCAUAAGAGCACACGGACGAGCUAAUAACAAUCCAACAGCCCGCCAGUUCAAAUCGGCAUAUAAAAAAAAUCUGGUGCAAUCGGAGUUAAAGGACUCUUUCAGCGGAAAUUGCAUUCCUUUGGAGGACUUACACAUCCUAAAUAUGACUUCCAUAGAAAAAAUUAAUAUAACUGCUGACAGAUGUCGAAUGCCAGAAGAAGGAAUGAAUUUAGAGGAGCCUAUUCCUGAAGAUAUAUUAAUAGAAUUUGAUGAAAUGUUGAACAACACAUGUCAAAACAUGUUGCGUCGACAAGUAAUCAGUUACAUCAGUGGAUAUGUUGUCAGGUACAUCACGAAAAAGUUGAAAUGUGAAACGUGUCUCAAUUCGCUCUACACGUGUGAUUACACAGAGGAUCAUCUUUUAAUUAAAACGAAAAAUAAAGGGGGCCUAAUUUUUCCAUCGUAUGACGUGAUUAACAUUUGUAUUCGGACGGAAUGCAGUAUAAGAACAUUGAAUGCACAUGAGACAGUGAGGAAUAAACACAAAGUUGUAUCUCAUGCUAUGAAAACACUGAUCGGAGAGAACUGUUUCUCAUCACUAGACAACCAUAUGAAAGAACAACCACCUUUAUAUAACCACAUCACGCAACUUUGUAAAGGAAUUUGCGAAAAAUAUGUAGAUAUCCGUUUCAGGCAUGUUGCAACUUCGAAAAAUAGUAGGAUCACAAAACGCCAACAUUUUAACAAGACGGUUCUGUUCACAGGAGAU